UUGAAAUUCAUUUAAUUUAAAUAUUUCAGAUAUUUACAGUGUAAACCUCGCCCACACAAGUCAAACCCACAGUUAUGAGCUACACACGAGUAUAUCAGCCUCUUACUGUAAGUCAAUCGCCCUGUUACACGAUGACGUCGGUUUCACUUCCUUUCUCUGUUAUUUCUGGACCUCUGCGUUUGUGUGCAGAACAAUAAAUGUAAUGAUGCUGUGCUGGUAAGAGGAAACGCUGGGCCACUGCUGGCCUCUGAGAAGAAAUGAUGUUUUCCACCUGCUACAGAGCAGAGCAGCUCUGUACUGUUCAACAUGUGGAGUUAAUACCUUGUAGCUCUUUUGUUGGGACUCACCUGUCAAUCUGACUGAAGCAAACAACCUUCACCUAUGGCCAGUCUGGACAGAAAUAACAAGAUCCUGCUUGAUUUGGUGCGACAGCCGGGUAACAACUUGUGUGCUGACUGUGGAGUUCCUGAGCCGGACUGGGCCUCCUACACUCUUGGUAUCUUUGUGUGCCUGAACUGCUCGGGGAUGCAUCGUAAUUUGCCUGCUGUCAGCAGGGUAAAAUCUAUACGUCUGGAUCUCUGGGAUGAUUCACUAGUAGAGUUCAUGCGGAAGAUGGGAAAUUCCGCAGCCAAAGCCAUAUAUGAGAAGUGUGUCCCUCCCUUCUUCUACCGGCCGCAACAGAGAGACUGCAUUGUUCUUAAGGAUCAAUGGAUCCGUGCAAAGUAUGAAAGAAGAGAAUUCACAGGAGAAAACAACUACGUUCAGCAAACUUAUUGCUCAGACCCGAUUGAGUUGACACUGUGGAAGAAGGGCAAAGACAACAAGCAGUUUUUAAAGAGGAUCUUCUUGCUGUCCCGGAAAGACUUCACCCUCAGAUACUUUAUUAAAGAGGACUCCAAGCUUCCGAAAGCUGUCAUCACCAUGAAGGACCUGAAUGCUGUUUUCCAGCCGGAGAAGAUCUGCCACGGUCACGGUCUGCAGAUCUCCUACAUGCAUGACAAACGCACGAGGAAUCUGUUUGUUUAUCACGAGAAAGGACAGGUAAUCGUAACCUUGUUCAAUGCUAUUCGGGCAACACGCUUGGCAUACCUCCAGAAGAAACAUCCCACUCUUCAAGAUAAUGACUUAAUACCUCAGAUAACGGGACGUUGCCUGAAGGAGGGGUACAUGGAGAAAACUGGCCCAACGCAUCGAGAGCCAUUCAAGAAGAGGUGGUUCACACUGUGCUCAAUGAACAGAAAGCUUCUGUAUUUUAAAAAUCCACUGGAUGCUACAGAGCUGGGUGCCGUCUUCAUUGGCACAGAGAGCCACAGCUACUCUGCUUCAGAGGGCAGAGGGCGGAGCACGAGGGGAGGCCGCUGGAACUGUGGCAUCACGCUGAAAACGCCGGAGAGGGAGUUUGUGUUUAUGUGUGAGCAGGAGCAGGAGCAGAAGGAUUGGCUGGAGGCCCUCAGAAAGGUCAUCACUCAACCCAUGACCCCAGAGGACUAUGCUAAUGAAGCCAACAUGAGAAGAGGGACAUGACUGGAGGAGUUCAGUACAAUAAGCAUCGUGUUGGGACAUAACAGACUGAAAGCCUCUUCUUCUUGUCAGUGAGGGUAAAAAAAUGGAGUCAAACUCUCUCUUUUAUAACUGCAAUAACUGCUCGACACCUCCACUGGCAAACGAUCAACUCCAACACUUUGCAGUCUGUGAUUACAUCUUGUGACACCUCGGAGAAGUUGAUAUCAGAGCUGAGACGUCGGCUGCUCAUCAGAGGCUUGAAUUUAUUACAUUGUCGUUGCCACAGCGACACCACAUUAAAGAAUUCUUUGCAAUACUUCAGUAAUACACUGGAACCAAAUAUUGUAUUUAUUAAAGAUAAGGUAAGAAUAAGAGGAUAGGACUUGAUGUAUAGUUUGCAAUUGUUUGUAUUUUAUGUUUCACUCAAUUUGCACAUUUUGAAAAGAUUUUUUUCCACACAUUGUCAUUACAGCUGUCUAUAUAGUUUUCAUUUUAAUAAAAUGAAUACACAACUGAUACUUGCUUUUAAUAUUUUACCAAUUCUAGAGGUAUAGCCUGUACAGAAGUAUAUAUUCCUCUUCAGUAACAAAGUACAAAAACCACAGUAUACUGUAGUGAUGUAUCACAGAUGACAGUUGAGGAUGAUGCCUUCCUGUCAUAGCAUAUAGGCAGGUGUUUGUGAUAGACAACUAACCAGGCCAAGCGGUCUAGAUGGGCCCUUUUUAAGGCAUUUAUCAUUUCCGUUUAUACUGUGUGCUACAUGGUGCAAUUCUCUAAAUAAAUGUGUGCUUAAUACGAACACUA